AUGGCCGAUAACCAAAAGGCCUGGUGGCAGCAAUGGUGACUUCUAUCUGGCUCCACUGCCCACACUGGCGUCCUGGGGUGGGGUGGGGCAGGGUGGGUGCAAGAGGACCACAUGGGGUCUGGAGAAGCAGUAACUGCACUGACGGGACCUCCUCCCCCACAGAGGACCAUUCACGAGUCCUACGUGCAGCCAGAGGAGCAUGUGCUCAUCAACCGCCAGGACAUCAUGAGUAGCAAGGACGCCUGGGACUUGCAGGAGCACAUCACCGGCAUGUACAUCAAGCAGCUGCUCCGACACCCCGCCUUCCAGCUGCUGCUGGCCCUGCUGCUGGUGAUCAACGCCAUCACCAUCGCUCUCCGCACCAACUCCUCCCUUCACCAGAAACACUAUGAGUUGUUCUCUACCAUAGAUGACAUUGUGCUGACCAUCCUUAUCUGUGAGGUUCUCCUCGGCUGGCUCAAUGGCUUCUGGAUUUUCUGGAAGGACGGCUGGAACAUCCUCAACUUCCUUAUCAUCUUUAUCUUGCUCUUGGGGUUCUUCAUUAACGAACUCAAUGUCAUCUCUAUCAACUACACCCUCAGGGCGUUACGUCUGGUGCACGUGUGCAUGGCAGUGGAGCCCCUGGCCCGGAUCAUCCGCGUUAUCCUGCAGUCGGUGCCUGGCAUGGCCAACAUCAUGGCCCUCAUCCUCUUCUUUAUGCUGGUGUUCUCUGUGUUUGGGGUCACACUCUUUGGUGCAUUCGUGCCCAAGCAUUUCCAGAACAUGCAGGUUGCCCUGUACACCCUCUUCAUCUGCAUCACCCAGGAUGGCUGGGUGGACAUCUACAGUGACUUCCUGACGGAGAAAAGGCAGUACACAAUGGAGAUUGGGGGUGCCAUCUACUUUACCAUCUUCAUCACCAUCGGUGCCUUCAUUGGCAUCAACCUACUCAUCGUCGUGGUGACCACCAAUCUGGAGCAAAUGAUGAAGGCAGGAGAGCAGGGGAAACGGCCGCAAAUAAAGUUUAGUGAGGUAGAUUCAGAGGAAGAGGACGGAAGUAACCAGCUGCCACUGGUGCACUGUGUAGUGGCCCGCUCGGAGAAAUCUGGUCUUCACCAGGAACCGUUUGUGGGGGGUCCCCUGUCCAACCUCUCAGAAAACACAUUAGACAACUUUUACUUGGUGCUUGAGGCAAUACAGGAGAACCUGAUGAAAUACAAGGAGAUCCGAGAUGAGCUCAACAUGAUCGUGGAGGAGGUGCGCUCUAUCCGCUUCAACCAGGAGCAGGAGGCAGAGCUAUUGCACAGACACUUGUCCGUGACCAUGCUGUCCAUCGACAGCAGGUCCUCCACAGACAUCUGGGAGCUGACUAAACAGCAAGACUUGCUCACUGCGCUGGCCAACAGGGAUAAGGUUCAAGAGUCUAACACAAACAUACUCCUUAACAAACACAAGAACAGUUCCUGA